CGGUCGCUCCUCACCAAACAGUCUACUUGGUGGCUGCGUGGGGCGGGACUAGCAUUGCAGCCUCUUCCUGGUACGCCAUGCUCUUUAUGGACGCUAAAUAUCUUUCAUACACAACUAUAAAUCGGUAAAAGUAGCCUAUCUAUCAUAACUGCAGUUGAGCGCCACACCGUCGCGAUGGGUUUGCUGACAAUUUUAAAGAAGAUGAAGCAGAAGGAGCGCGAGAUGAGGCUGCUGAUGUUAGGUCUGGACAACGCGGGUAAGACGACCAUCCUGAAGAAGUUCAAUGGAGAAGACGUCAGCACCAUCUCCCCAACGCUGGGCUUCAACAUCAAAACACUGGAGCACAGAGGGUUUAAACUGAAUAUUUGGGAUGUGGGGGGUCAGAAGUCACUGCGCUCCUACUGGAGGAACUACUUUGAGAGCACAGAUGGGCUAGUGUGGGUGGUGGACAGCGCAGACAGACUCAGACUGGAGGACUGCAGACAGGAGCUCAGUUCACUGCUGCGGGAGGAGAGGUUAGCCGGUGCAACGCUGCUGGUGUUUGCCAACAAACAGGAUUUACCAGGAGCCCUGUCCAAAGAGGCAAUACGAGAGGCGCUGGCCCUGGAUGGGAUCAAAAGUCAUCACUGGUGUAUCAUCGGCUGCAGCGCAGUCACAGGAGCCAACUUGUUGGCUGGAGUGGACUGGCUGUUAGACGAUAUCGCUGCAAGGAUCUUCACCACUGACUGAGUGUUUGAGCGCAGACGACACUCCAGGCUCGUUGGACUACGCUGAUCGGAAACGCAUUUUCUUUUUGUCCCUUCAGCUGUUUGGGGGUCACCAGAUAUCAGUGCUACUGUCUGUAUAACACUAAAAACCUGGUUUGUAUAUACAUUUUAUUUACAGUUUAUGGAAAACAGAGCAAGAAAGUGUCAAUGCGAACAUUAAUUUACACAUGGCAACCUAAAUGAAGUUUGUUUACAGUAUGCAAUGCGUGACCUUGAAUAAAGAUGUCUCAUGACUGAAAUCCA